AAAAUUGACUCCAGCAAUGACAGACAAGGUUGUUCUGUUUACGUUGCUCGAACCGUUUGCAAGAGAACUGCCAAAACACUCCACUGAAGGAGCUAGAGCUAGUGAUGAACUGAUGAUUACUGGUUCAGCAGGUAAAAUAAGAAUCUUGUCUCAAAACAGGGCGAACAUUUAGCGCAAUCGCCAACAACAAACACUACAUGAGUCGUGAGGGUGGGUCCGAACCCCGCUUACCUCACCCGCAUCUCAAGCAAGCAACAACUUCGCGAAGCCUGAGGUCACUCAAUUGCCGUGCGCCGAACUCGUGUGCCUCAUCUCCAGGUUCAGCAAACUAAAAAGGAAUCUCGUCACAAUCAUGUCUGCCGGUGCCGGUGCCGGUGCCGCCACCGUGCCGGGGGGCCUCGGGGCUAGGGCCCCCGAUACAAAGAGCCAGAAGCUCAAGAAGAAAAAGAUCCUACUGAUGGGCAAGAGUGGCUCGGGCAAGUCGAGCAUGCGCUCCAUAAUAUUCAGCAAUUAUUUGGCCAAGGACACGCGGAGGCUAGGCGCUACUAUUGAUAUCGACUUAUCUCACGUCAAGUUCCUCGGCAACCUACAGCUCAACCUCUGGGACUGCGGUGGCCAGGAGGCCUUCAUGGAGAAUUACCUCUCCCAGCAGCGUCAGCAUGUCUUCAGCAACGUCGGCGUCAUGAUCUACGUCUUUGACAUCGAGUCACGCGACGUUGACCGCGACAUGGCCACCUACGUCACCAUCCUCUCGGCCCUGAUGCAGUACUCGUCGGGGGCCAAGAUCUUCAUCCUCAUCCACAAAAUGGACCUGAUCCCCAACCAGACGAAGGAGGCCGUCUUUGUUGAGCGCGUCAACCUGGUCCGCCAUCGCACCGAAGAGUUCAUGCACGGCGGCCCUGGCGGCCAGGCCGACCUGACCCCCUUCGCCACCAGCAUCUGGGACCAGUCGCUGUAUAAGGCCUGGUCCGAGAUCAUCCAUGACCUGAUCCCCAGCUUGUCCCUGAUCGAGGAGCACCUUGAGAAGCUCGGCGCCCUGAUCGAGGCCGAGGAGAUCCAGCUGUUUGAGCGCACCUCGUUCCUCGUUGUCUCGUCCUGGGUCUCCGAGGUCGGUGCCCUCAACCCCUUCCAGGACCGUCAGGAGCGCCUGAGCAACAUUCUCAAGGCCUUCAAGUCUAGUUUAUCAAAGUACACGGGCACCCCGCGCAACUCGGAGCAGUUCCGUGACUUUGACCUCAAGGUUGGCACCGGCUUCGCCCUCUUCAUCACAAAGUUCACCACAAACACAUACAUACUGUGCUGCCUACCGCCAGGAGAGGCUCGCUUCAACGCCGCAAAGCUCAACGUCCGCAUCGCCGCCCGCCUGUUUGAGGCACUAGACAACCCUACCAAUGCUGCUAAAGCGGCGGCGGCUGCUGCUGCAGCCUCGCAAAAUGCUUUAGGGGGUAGCUCUGUUGGGAUCACUGCAGGAAAUGGCGAAGGGUGAGAUAUAACAGCCAUCGCAAGUGUAUUGACUGCACACUGCUUCAUAAUAAUUUGUUAUGAUUUUCCUUUGAUCACGGGCCUAGGAUGUUGGAGCAACAAGGCAGACAGAGAUUUUCUGAUACCCAUUGUAUUUAAUACGCAGACUUGAUUUCUUCAUCCACUUGAUCCUUAUUAUUUACCAUUUGUUUUGGUGAUAUGCAUGAAUCUAAGCAUUACGCUGCAUAAUAGUACCUUCAAACGAUCGACGGCAUGGCAAGUCAUGUCAAUGAAUGCAAAAUCUAC